AUGAAAGAGAGGCUCCCCGACAAUAUUCCGAUGAAGGGACUGAUCUCCAGAUGUCUGGAUGCUUCUCAGCCAUGCGCUAGUCUCGAUGAGGAUUGGAAGAUCGGCAUUGGAAUUGCCUUGCGAUCAUAUGCUGAAAAUGAUAAACCAAAAAUUGCUAAAUUGGCGCGGGAAUUCAAUAUUCCGUACCAGUUGUUGCGCGGUCGGAUCAAUGGUGCAAAAUCGCAAAAAGGCCGUACAGGCACCCACAAAGCAUUGGAUGCUGAGCAAGAGGAGGCGGUAAUUCAGUGA